UUGGACUAACUAGGAAGCUAAAGAGUCUUGAGCCCGACCAGUACAAAUAGUGCCCAUCAUGCAUCUGCUUUGUACGUCCACCUUAAGUAGUACUGAUCUCUUCAAAAUCUCUUCCCAAACUAUCUUUAAAGAUGAGUUACCCGUAUUACUCUCCACCACCACCAUCUACGCCACCCCCUCCACCGCCUUCAGCGGUCCCAUGUAACCCCCCGCCACCACCGCCGCCAAGCCCAUCACACAAUCAGUAUGGCCAACCCAAGACACCGCCACCUCAUCCCAUAGGUCCUCCAACUCCUACAAUCAGUCCGGUUUCACCACCAAGAUCACAACCAAUUGCACCAGUACCACCUUCACAUCAUGUAUUUCCACCGCCAACACCGAAUAAUGGCCCAACCCCAACGCCCCCACCAGACGUUGCAGCAUCUCCGCCAACAGGCCCAAAGCCACCACCAUCACCAUGGCCAACAAAUUAUGGUCCAACUCCGCAACCAAUAUUACCUCCAACUACAGCAGCACCACCACGACCAUAUUCCCGGCCACCCACUCCCCAACCUGGCGAGUUCCCGCCAGUCUUUGGGCCUUCUCCUUUUAACUCUGUCCCACCGUCGUCAGAAAUUGGGUCACCGCCGUCCGGAGGCAACCACACAACUAUUAUCGUUGCCUGUGUCUCCGUAGGCGGUGUGCUCUUCCUUGCAUUCCUCUUAGUUGGUCUCCUCUGCUUGGCAAAAAAGAAGAAGAAGCCAGUGAUGGUUCCUACAGCCGCUUAUGUUGAAGAACACGAAGAAGUUCGUGAAACCGCCGCAACAGGUCCAUUUGGAGAGCAAACUGUAACAAUGUCAGUAGAGGACGAUGUAGAAAUUCAUGAAGUAGUGGGUACAGGUGCUGCUAUUGGUUUGCAUGGAACUGCUGGAGGAGGCCCUAUGUAUGGAGAAGGGGUGCAUGGCCAUGGCGUUCCCCCUUAUACUCCAAGCUAGUACCAAAAAUAUUGGCGCUAAAGCUGUCUUCAUCGUCUAGUCUUCUCCAUUCACCUGUUCGUUUGUCUGUUUAUUUGUUUGUUUGUUGGGCUGAGAUAUCAUUCAUUUACUUGGCCUCCGAACCCCCUCCCCGCUAAGGAAAGCUCUUUUAUUUUAUUUUUCUGUAUUUUUUUUUUCUUAUUAAUUCAUGUGGAGUACUGGAUUGGAAUAACGAAUGGAGAUGUUGAAAUUAAUGACAGUGCGCGUUAUGAUA